CCCAAUAGAGAUGGACGGCCGAGAUGGAUCUGGACAGGCAUCAUCCUGACUAUAUAUAAUCUUCACGUCGUGACCUCCUUCUCCUUGCCGCACUCUCAGAAACCCUAGAUUACGAGAAGCUCGGGCGAGUGUCGUGAGGAAUCGGGCGGCGAUGACUUUCAAGCGGAGGAAUGGCGGCCGGAACAAGCACGGCCGCGGCCACGUCAAAUUCAUCCGCUGCUCCAACUGCGGCAAGUGCUGCCCCAAGGACAAGGCUAUCAAGAGGUUCCAAGUGAGAAACAUUGUUGAGCAGGCUGCUGUGAGGGAUGUACAGGAGGCCUGUGUCUAUGAUGGGUACACUCUUCCGAAGCUGUAUGCGAAGAAUCAAUACUGCGUCUCUUGUGCGAUUCACUCGCAUGUGGUCAGGGUCAGGUCUCGCGAGGCUAGGAGGAAUCGGGAGCCUCCACAGCGUUUCAGACGCCGGGAUGAUGUGGCAAGGCCUGGGCAAGGACCUCGCCCUGUUGGAGCUGGAAAUCCUGGUCGCCCCUGAAGUUCUCUCCCGUUCUCUGAUGGAAAUUUUGGACACUGAAUAUUAUUUUCUGGACUAUUUUGCAGAUUAUUGCAAGAGUAGUUUAGAACUGUUACUUUCAUCAUUAUAUGUUGAGAUUGUUAAGUUUUGGUGAUUCCUGUGGAAUUGGUCAAUUGGUCUGUUGCUUUGUGAUUGGAUUUCUAUGAUUUGCUAUGGAAAGAGUUAUAUUUGGAUCUUUA